AUGAAUUCUCUAAAACUGAUAGAUAGGAUUCUAACGGCGCCAUUGAGGAGGACGCGGAGGAGGAGAUACGCCAACACAGAUAUCCAUCUACAGUUCCCAGAGCAAUACCCUAACAACAGGAAUAGCAUCAUUAGAGCUAACAACUCCAGCUGGUUAUUCCAGUUUAUUUUCAGGUUAUUCACGAAGAAUGACGGCUAUAGCCAUAAUGACAGUCUAAUUAAUGACGACUUACAUAAGGAGAAGGACGAACUUGAUCAGUUUCUUAAUAUAGAGGAUAAAUCCCCAGCUACGAAAACAUCCCACGGCCGUCCUGUCAAGCGUGAAACCAGUCAAACAAACUACCAAGACUUAUUGACUAAUCCACCGAAGAGCGCAAAGAAACAAGAUCAACAAUAUCCAUUUGCACCACCGUUCAAUAGGCGACGAACGACGUCGACUGAUAACAACCUACUACCCAAUCCACUACCUUCGCGUAAUUUACUUGCUGUUUCUGGCUCAGGUGCUAGCCAGACAACCUAUUCACCCUCACCUUCUCCACCUCUUGAAUCUAGAAGCAAAAAGCUAUCAAAUAAGUCAACAGGCGUGCAUUUACCAAAAACAUUGGUAUUAGAUUUAGAUGAAACAUUGAUACAUUCAACAAGCAGAGCUCCGCAACGGUCAUCGAACGGUUUCAGUCUCGGUUUAAGAAGUGUUUUAUCUGGAAAUGGCAUUGCAGGCGGUGAUGGUGGUGCACAUAUGGUUGAAGUCGUACUCGGUGGUAGAAGCGUUUUAUAUCACGUAUACAAAAGACCCCAUUUAGAUUUCUUUUUAAAAAAAGUUGCUAGUUGGUAUACUUUAGUCAUAUUCACGGCGUCUAUGCAAGAAUAUGCGGAUCCGGUUAUUGAUUGGAUAGACGCGGGUAGGGGGAUUUUGACAAAAAGACUUUUUAGAGAGUCCUGUACCCAAGCACCUAACGGUAGUUACAUGAAAGAUCUCGACAUUAUUGAUAAGGACUUAUCAAGAGUUGCUUUAGUUGACAAUUCGCCAAUUUCAUACAAUAUCAACCCAGCUAAUGGAAUACCAAUAUCAGGUUGGAUAAGUGAUCCUAACGAUGAGGCAUUGCUCGAUCUGCUUCCAUUCUUAGAUUCAUUGAGGUUCACAACAGAUGUUAGAAGAGUUUUAGGUGUAAGAGGUUUUACAUGA